GUUACUAAACAGACUUUACAGUUUACAGCAGUAUGCCUGAAGCUCAGCUGUGUUCCUCCGAAAAUUUCACUUUAACAUGUACCCACGGGUUAUUUUAAAAGGAAUCUUGUACAAGAAAUCUCAGCAAAAACGAAGGACAUCCCCUUGCAAUUAUAAGGAAAGAUAUUUUGUACUAAACACUGAGGAUCUGACUUACUCUGAACGUCGCCCUGGGAAAAAGCCAGUCCUCAAGGGCUGCAUUGAACUUUCCCGGAUAAAGUGUGUAGAAACUGUACGCAGUGACCUUCCCAUUCCCUGUGAAUACAAAUAUCCUUUCCAGGUUGUCUACGAUAGCUACCACCUUUAUGUGUUUGCACCAGACAAUGACUGCAGGCUUAAAUGGGUCAGAGCUCUUAAAGAGGAGACAAAAUGCAACAACCUAGAAAAGAACUACCACCCUGAUUUCUGGGGAGAGGGAAAAUGGAGGUGUUGUAACAGGACGGAUAAAUUGGCAACCGGGUGCAGUGACUAUUACCCCAGUGGAUGCGCAUCCAAAAAACCUUUGCCUCCAACACCAAAUGCAGAGCGGCGAUUCUCUAGCCAAGAAUUGCGAAUUGUUGUGGCUAUGAAGAACUUUAUUCCUCAAGAGUUUACAGACAUCGCACUGCACAAAGAUGAGGAGUACACUGUAAUAGACUGUUCUGAACCCAACUGGUGGACUGUCAGGGAUAAACAUGGACAUGUUGGAACUGUGCCUUGCAUUUAUGUUAAAGAAAAACUUUCCAACAACAUUGAACACUUUGAAUGGUACAACAAAAAUGUAACCCGGACUGAAGCUGAAGAAUUAUUAACAGCUGUGGAUAAGGAGGGUGCUUUCAUGGUGCGUGACUCCCGGCACGCAGGAGUUUACACAGUGUCUGUAUUUACCAAAGCCCCCGGAUCAAACGGAGAAAAAUAUCCAAGGGUCAAGCAUUACAAGAUCAGAGAGACAGAAGAUGAAGAGCCCAAGUAUUACUUGGCUGAAAAAUAUUUAUUCAGCUCCAUUCCAGAACUCAUUACUUAUCAUCAACACAAUGCAGCAGGUUUAAUAACACGACUGAGACACUGUGUCUCCCAAGGCCAAGGGAAGUCUCCCAGAAUAGAGGAGCUUGAAUCAGAGGAGUGGGAAAUAGACAUGGAGGACCUGACUCUUGGGGAGGAGCUCGGCAGUGGCCAGUUCGGUCUGGUGUUGCAGGGCUUGUAUCGUGGUGAAAAGGUGGCUGUAAAGACCAUCCGUGAAGGGGCUAUGUCAGAAGAGGAGUUCAAAGAGGAGGCAAGGGUUAUGAUGAAAGUAUCCCACCCGAAGCUAGUGAGGUUGUAUGGCGUAUGCACCCAGCAGUCCCCCAUGUACCUGGUGUUUGAGUUUCUGAAGAAUGGCUGCCUGGCAGAAUACCUGCGCUCCCGGAAAGGUUCUGUUUCCCAAGAGACUUUCCUGGGCAUGUGUUUAGAUGUGAGCGAAGCAAUGGCUUACCUGGAGAGCUCGAACUUCAUUCACAGAGACCUGGCUGCAAGAAACUGCCUAGUGUCCGAAGACCUCGUGGUGAAAGUCUCAGAUUUUGGGAUGACCAGGUUUGUAUUGGAUGACCAAUAUACCAGCUACACCAGCAAAUUCCCAGUAAAGUGGUCAUCUCCAGAAGUGAUUAGAUACAACAAGUUCAGCAGCAAGUCCGAUGUCUGGUCAUUUGGUGUGCUGAUGUGGGAGGUGUACAGUGAAGGCCGACUGCCCUAUGAGUGCCGAACUAAUGGAGAAGUGGUGGAGUCCUUAAACGCAGGACUAAGGUUACUUAAACCCAGACUCUGUCCAGAACCUGUUUACCAGCUGAUGCAGUGGUGUUGGAAGGAGAAACCUGAAGACCGGCCCUCCUUCGUCCUGCUCUUUCAUGAACUGGCAUCUCUUGCAGAUAUUUGAUUUAAGACUAUUGCUAUUACGUAUGAAAAGAUAAUGUACAGUCCAUUUUUAUUUAUUUGUAAAUUUUAUUUAUUUGUUUCAGUUAAUAUCCAUAGUCUUUUCUCUACUACCUAUAUGUAAUGAAGUCCGGCAUGGUUUCAUGUCCUUUAAGUACAGUAAAAUUUCCUGAUCUCUUUUUCUCCUGUAGGGGGCAGCAUUAAGAUGACUUUUAUUUUCCAGACCAAUAUUGUUGAAACCUUUGGUUUUCAGAAAUAUUCAUUAACUGCAUUUUUAUAUCUGUCUGUGUGUAUCUAUAGUAAACACCUAAUAUUUUUAGCAAUAUAUUUUGCAAGUUAACAUCAAAUUGUGUUUAUCACUAUCAAUAUGUGUGUAAUGUCUGUUUGUUGACAUCAUUUUACACAUUAUGGAAUGCAUUUUCAAUAAAAGAAAAUAACUCA